AUGAAGGGCUCGACUAUCUUCUUGCAUAUAACCACAAUUCUCGGCACUUCUCGCGCCCUUGGCAUACCUAGGGAGGACAUGUCCACAAUAUCUACCGGGGAAAACUCCACCUAUCAUCCAGGGGCGUUCGAAUUCGAUCCUACUACCGCCUCCAAGACAGAUCCCGGCUUCAUUAUACCCGUGUCCCACUGGGGUUGCACACGCUCGAAGAUGAGAGCAAGCGAUAUGAAGGAAGCAGUCCAGCGCAUGAUCAACUGGAGCGAAGCAGGUGGUCGAGUCUGGGGCAAAAGCAUCCACAUAGAAUUGCAAGCGCAUGCCGGUACUUACUUGUGCAACUGCAAAACCCAGUACUUGGAUAGCGCUCCGGCUACCGAGAUGUGGGAGUUCUACGAGAGACUACGGGUUUACUGUGGCGAGGGCUCGUCGGGUUGGAUUUUUAGUAAGAAAUGGGACAAGGGAUAUGCGAUUAACACAAGGGACCAUGUUGCCAAUAGGCACCCUAAGAAGUUACUAUGCCCUCUUUUCUGCUGCAACUAG